UCCGCCUCAUGCACGCGUGCACAGCAUGCUCGUCACGGUUGCUCCGCCCAUACACGACCAUUGCAUACUUGUCGUCAAUGUACAAGACUUUGUUUGUCUCCUGGAUCGCAUGAUAUUAAAGUCACAGGGAAUAAACCUAUUGUCAAAUUUGUCAGGUGACGGUCCAGGCGCAUUUCUGAUCCCACAUGCUAGACGCUCUAUUGCAGUAUUCAUUCACCCUGCUUGAUACCAUUGAGCUGGUACUGAGAGAACUGUUUCUGCACUAGAUAUUUUGUAUUGAAACUUCUCUAAAAGAUGGCUUUCCUUAGAAGCAUGCAACUCGGCCUUCGACUUCGAGGCAUCAGAGCAGUCAACUCGGUUAAGUUGACCCAAGCAGAAUCUUCAGUUGGUAUGGCCAAGUUCCAAUCCAGCCAGCGAUUGGAAUCGACAAUGCCCACUGCCUACCAAGUCAAGGAGCAACUAGCUAAGGCAAGCCCUGUCUGUUCCUACAAUGAGUGGGACCCCCUUGAGGAGGUAGUGGUAGGCCGAAUCGAGAAUGGCAUCGUUCCCCCAUUCACCCCUGAAUUGAAAGUUUCCGCCAACCAAAAUAACUGGGAGUUCUUCAAAGCGAAUCAGGGCAAGCCGUGGCCCAAAGAACACACUGAAAAAGCCAUAGCUGAGGUUGAGGAAGUCUGCAACAUACUCAACCAGGAGGGCAUUAUUGUCCGACGACCUGAUCCCAUUGACUUCAGCGAUGAGUACAAGACACCAGACUUUAGCUCAAGAGGCAUGUACUGUGCUAUGCCUCGUGAUAUUCUGUUGAUUGUUGGUGAAGAGAUCAUCGAGUGUCCAAUGGCAUGGCGGUCCAGGUUCUUUGAGUACCGCGCCUAUCGGGAACUGAUCAAGGAAUACUUCAAGGCAGGAGCUAAAUGGACCACACCUCCAAAGCCACUCAUGUCUGAUGAACUCUACAAUGUGGAUGUCAUGGACCUCUCAGAUGAAGAACGAACCCAUCAGCAUCACCAAGGACGGCACUUCACCACUGAGUUUGAGCCCUGCUUUGAUGCUGCUGAUUUUGUCAGAGCAGGAAGAGAUAUCUUUGUACAGAGAAGUCAGGUGACCAAUAUGCUUGGCAUUCAGUGGAUGGCUCGUCACCUUGGUAAUGAGUAUAACGUCCAUCUGCUGACAUUUGAGGACCCUCGGCCCAUGCACAUCGAUGCCACCUUUAUGCUCCUGCGACCAGGGCUUGUCCUGUCAAACCCAGAGCGUGGUUGCCAUCAACUGGAUUACUUCAAGAAGGCAGGAUGGGAUGUUGUUGAAACAGCCAGGCCUAUCAUACCUGCCGAUCACCCCAUGUGGCUGGGCUCCAAGUGGCUGUCCAUGAACGUGCUGAUGUUGGACCAUGACCGGGUCAUGGUUGAUGCCAACGAGACACCCACCAUCAAGAUGUUUGAGAAGUUAGGCAUCAAGACGGUGAAGGCCUCCAUGCGCUAUGCCAACUCUUACGGAGGUGGCUUCCACUGCUGGACCAGUGACAUCCGUCGACGCGGAACUCUACAGUCCUACUUCUAGGGUGGUUUGAGAACCAGGGUGGCUUUAUUGGUCUCCAUCAUUCUCCAAGACCUUUCAUGGUUUCUUCCUUACAGAUCCUCAGACAAGCAUAGUUAGUUUCCUACAAAAGACUUUUUUGAACAAUUAAAGACAACAAAGGUUUCUAUCUUAAAUCCAGACUAGCAAACCUAUUAUUUUACAGAAGACUGUCUAGUUUUCCUCUAGUUCUCCUGUCAAGGGGUUUCUUUCACUCUCUCCAUGGAGCUCCAUGCUCUUGCUUACCAUUAUGCACUGCAUAUGUCUUUUCCAUCAAAACUUCUUUGGAUGAGGUCUGGGUAUUUGACCAAUAUGGGUGCAGCAGGCCGCCCAUUCCAUUAAAUAGCUGUCCUUAUAUCUAAGGAAUUUCCUAACUAAAUGCGGAAUCUUGUGAUAUUAUUUCUAAUAUCAUCAUGAUAGGACCACAUAUGCUAAUCAUAUUUCCUAUAUUAGGAAUUGUUCAGCAGCUUUGAAUUAUUAGCACAGAAAAAAGCUUUUAUCCUAAAUAUAUAUAUAGCAGCAACAGAACAUGAAGAUGUGUGUAACAAAUUCACCGACAGUAAUUAAACAGGUAUACUUUUGAAUGCUUUUAUUUACAGUAAUAAUACAUUCAAGGGUCAAGCAAGAUGGUAACUUGCUGUCAUUAAUCAUUUUGACAACUCACCAGGGUGUUAAAAAUGCCUUUGAAUUGUUUUAAUGAAAGAAAACAUCUUGGGCUUGCGUAUUUUCCCAAGUGUUUGCUAUAAGAGACUGUGUUUAAGUCAACAUAUUUCAGUUUACUUAAACAUACGUAUUUUCUUCAUUCGUGUUUAUUAACGUACAACCGUUUAAGCCACAAUAUUCACCUUUGGGAAAUAAUUUAUUCAGACAAAGCUUGUAGCAUGGCAACUCAUAACUCGACGCGAGUUGUAGGUUAAGCCCAGCAUUACAAUUCUUUAAUACAUUUAUGUCGAUGUUAUUCUAUUUUUUUCUGCUUGGGAAGAGGAAAAACCUCGGUAUAGUGUGUUUCUCUUAUUAUUAAACAUCUUAAGGCCAGCAUUUCUUAUUUUGCUGGAAAUGUUUGUUUUCUUCAACCACUCAUACUUGUGGUUAGUGUUGGAGUGAAAUACUGACGUUUAUAGACCAAUCCAGUUAUUAGAUGCCAUUACUGGGGGGCGUUGCAACUCACACACGCACAUUCUUCAGCUUGACGCGUGCGUGCAUUUGGCAAAUCACGACACCCUAUCAGUCGACGAGGUAUGUAACGCGCGUUUAAUUACCUCCUACCUGAUCACCAGCGUUAUGCCACCCAAAUAAUGGCUUCUAAUUCUGGUUUUUGAAUCAAUUGGAACAAUGAAUUUUGCCGAAGUAAUUUAUUUGAACAAAGCUUUGCCAAAGGAGAAUGUCUGGUUUUUGGCAACACUGCACAGUUUUUAUACUUUGUUUUCAAGGAGUAGGCCACUGUGUUGGUCAUAAAAUUCUCUGUUCACCUUUUUUUGUUUUGUUUUGUUUUUUUUACCCAUGACAUAGAUCAGAAAAUACCAGGGACGCACGAACGAAUUUCUCAGAUAAAAUUGGAUUUUUCGUAGUUGUUAAGUAGUAGGCCCUACAUAUUACGUACAUUUUAUGCAUUUUGCUUUAAAUUUUCUGAAUUCAGAGUUUGGUUCUUUAAGAUAUGUCCAUUUUUCGAGUAAACGGUUGAAUGUAAAACCAAGCGUACUUUACCAUACAAAAAAACCCAUGUCACUAAUUUUACCAAAAUUAAUUCAGAACACUUCAAUUUGAUGGAUGUGGUGUUGUGUAAAGACGAACAUUCCCAACACUUCGAUGUGAUGGAUGUUGAAGAAAACAUUCCUAGUACUGCGUCUGUUUUAAUGUGUUUCGCUAAUAAAACGUUAACAAAACUGGAA